AUGGUGCAGUGGCGCUGCUGCACACUUUCUGGCACCCCGAAGACCGAGUCCAACUGGCAGGUGCUCCCUGUCAUCAGCGUAAGCGACUGCACCAUCGACAAGCUGACCUGGGGUCCUGGGGAAAGCCUCGUCCAUGUCAGGACAGACCGGCAGAGCGUCAUCCUCUCCGAGGCCCAGCUGAACACCGCCUUCCAAGCACCUAUCAUGGCAGUUCAAACAGCACCGGCGGAGAUCAUGAUCUAUCACACGGAGAAGCAGAUGCAGAUCGGCCUAAGCUCACCCUUCCGCGUCAAGGGUGUCAGCGUGGGCGGAAGCACGGUUCUCCUGUGGAACAGCAAGCAGAUCAUGCUGUACGACAUCGAUGUCACAAUGCAAGCCUCAGUCUUGAGUCAGUUUACCCGAUCUUACGACAUCGUGGCUGCGGCCCUCUUCUGCCAAAGCCAUGAUCGUGUGGUGGCCAUGGCCAGUGGCGCAAAAAUCGAAUUCGCAAACAAGCAAGGUCAUGUGCAGAAAACGAUUCAGUUCUCCGAGGAGGUGGAAGGCUUUCCUACUUGCCUGGAUGUCUGCGGUGAUUUUUUGGUGGCCUCCACCUCUCUAAAUUUCAUCAAAGUCUGGAAGGUUUCCCAGGAUAAGCCGAAACCGAUAGGUGCUCCGAGGAAGUUCGAAGGACUUGAGGAGCGGUCGCUCGGCGAAAUCAGGUCAGUGCGCAUCAACAAGACCGGAACUCGAGUGUCGAUGCUCGUGGACCAGAGGCUCGGCGCCAACGGCCAGCCAACAGAGGGUGGCGCCCUGCGGGUACCUGAUGGCCGCAUGUUCGUGUACGACACGGACUCCGACAACUUCCUCACGUAUGCAGUUGGCAAAAGCAGUGUCCCCGUAGCUCACUUCUGGGACGCUUCGGACGGUCGGCUUCUGUGCUGCGAAGUCGUGCCGCAGGCCCUCGCAUACGACGGAGAGGCACAGCCUCCGAGUCCCACGGCCGGGAGCAUGGAGGACGAGGCAAAGAACCAGCCACAGCAUUGUGCGAUGACGUUGUUUGUCGCGAACUCCGAGCAGAUUCACCUGCAGGACAGCAUUCCCUGCGUGGAUCCAGACCACAGCGUCACUCAAAUGCCUGUGGCCCUGAUGGUGCCUCACGUCUACUUUGCCCGGCAAGGGGAGACAGCCGAGAGUUCUCCGGAGGAGCCAGCAUCUUCUCUGGUCAGCCGAACGGUGCUUAGAGACUUUGCUGGUCUGGAGAACAUGGACGAAGAGACGACCGCGGCUAUGCUCAACUUCUCGUACCACCUGGCCUGUGGAAACACGGAUGAGGCAUACAAGAGCGUCAAAGGUGUGCGCUCCACAGGGGUCUGGGAGAGCAUGUCCAAGAUGUGCGUGAAGACAGGCCGUCUGGAUGUGGCCCAGAAGUGCCUGGGGCAGAUGGGCCACGCCCGUGCAGCCGGGGCGCUCCGUGCUUGCCUGGAACAGGAGCCCGAGGCACGGUUAGCAAUCGUCGCCGUACACUUGGACAUGGUCGACCAUGCAGAACAGUUGCUGAAGAAGUGUGGAAGGUAUGACCUGCUCAAUCAGCUGUACCAGGCUUGUGGCUCGUGGGAGAAGGCCUUGGAGAUUGCAAAGACCAAGGAUCGUAUUCAUCUCAAGCCGACCCACUUUGCAUAUGCGCAGCACUUGGAGGCAGUGGAGGACGUGCAAGGGGCGCUGACUCAUUAUGAGCUCUCCGGCACCUACCGCACCGAGUCCCCACGACUGCUCUGCUCCAUGGGCAUGACGGAGGACCUCGGCAGCUAUGUCGAGCAGAGUGACGAUUCGCAGCUGCACAGAUGGUAUGCCCAGUACUUGGAGUCGAAGGCGGAUCUCGAUGGCGCUUCGCGAGAAUAUAAGAAGGCCGGGGACUGGCUGAGCCUCUGCCGCGUCGCCUGCUUCAAUGAGGAUCUCGAAAGCGCACAAAGAAUUUGCGAGGACUCGCAGGACCAGGCAGCCUGCUACCACCUCGCAAGACAUUUGGAGGCCGGGGGCAGCUUCAAAGAGGCCAUACAUUACUUCCAGAUGGCCGGACGAGUGGGGCAUGCGCUGCGACUAGCCCAGGAGAACAACUUCGACGGAGACCUCAUGAGCUUGGCACUGUCUGCAGAUCCUCAGAGCAUGGCUCAGGCUGCCAAGUACUACGAGCAGCGUGGGCAGCCUCAGAAAGCAGUCAUCCUCUACCAAAAGGCCGGUCAGCAGAAGAGGGCACUGGAGCUGUGCUUCUCGGCACGGCUCUUUGAUGCACUGCGCAAGAUCGCAGAUGAUCUCAGUGCAGAGAGCGAUCCUGCCAUACUCGCGAAAUGUGCGGAGUUCUUCAUGCAGCACGAGCAGCACGACAAAGCGGUCCACCUGCUGUCUAUCUCCAAGCAGUAUGACCGAGCGGUGCAGCUUUGCACAGAGCACGACGUGCACAUCACUGAGGACAUGGCAGAGCGGAUGACCCCGGACAAAGGAAGUGUGGACGCGACUUCCAGGUCAGAGAUUUUGCAGGACAUUGCCAAGCUCUGCAAGAAGCAGGGGUCCUUCCAGCUUGCCUGCAAGAAGUUCACACAGGCUGGAGACAAGCUCAAGGCGAUGAAGAGUUUGCUGAACAGCGGUGACACGGAGAAGAUCAUCUUCUUUGCUGGCACUGCGCGGCAGCCAGACAUCUACGUCUUGGCAGGGAACUACUUGCAGAGCCUGGACUGGCAUGCUGAUCCGGACAUCAUGAAGAAUAUCAUUCAGUUCUACAGCAAAGCCAAGGCCUACGACAAGUUGGCGUCCUUCUACGAUGCCUGUGCUCAGGUAGAGAUUGAUGAGUACAGGGACUACGAGAAGGCGGGCGGCGCUCUCCGAGAGGCCUUGAAGUACAUGGCAAAGGCGGCCGGCGAGACGGCAGAAAGCGACGAGCGAGUGAUAUCUCUGCAGAGUCGGAUCGCUCUUGUGGACGAGUUUGCAGGUGUGAGGAAAAUGGCCAAAACCGAGCCAGAUCAAAUGGUUGCGGUCUGUGAGAGGAUGGUGAGCACGCCAAACAUAGACAGCGCUGUCAGAACCGGCGACAUUUUCGCACAGCUUGUGGAGUACUACACAGACUUCAAUGACUACAACUCUGCAUACAGGACGGUGGAGCGAAUGAGAGAGCACGGCAUUGUGCUCACACCGUACCUGGACAGGGCCCUUCUCGAACGCAUCUACGGUGCUGUUGGACAGCCACUGCCCGAGUCGGAAGCAGCUCCUGCUGCGCCCGCCGCCGAUGGCGAGGACGUGGACGAGGAGAUCGCGGAGGAAGACUGA